GAGCCAGCGGGGAUGGAACGGGAGGCGUCGCCGUGGGGCCUCGAACCCCGGGAUGUGCAAAGUCCUGACGAAGUGGGGCCCGAAGGGUCCCUCGAAGGCAACAUGCGUGAGAAUGAGGAAGAGGAAAUUUCUCAGCAAGAAAGCACUGGGGACUAUGAGGUCGAAGAGAUACCUUUUGGGCUGGAACCCCAGAGCCCUGGGUUUGAGUCACAAAGCCCAGAGUUUGAACCCCAGAGCCCCAGGUUUGAGCCUGAAAGCCCAGGUUUUGAGUCCCGAAGCCCUGGGUUUGUGCCCCCAAGCCCCGAAUUUGCACCCAGAACCCCUGAUUCAGAUCCUCAGAGCCCUGAGUUUGAACCACAAAGCCCUGGGUAUGAGCCCCAGAGCCCUGGGUAUGAACCCCAGAGCCCUGAGUUCAAAACCCAAAGCCCUGAAUUUGAAGCUCAAAGUUCCAAAUUCCAGGAAGGUACAGAGGUGCUUCUCAAUCCCGAGGAAAAGAGUCCCUUGAGCAUCCCCUUGGGAGUCCAUCCCUUGGACUCCUUCACACAGGGGUUUGGGGAGCAGCCCACAGCAGACCUUCCCCUAGGGCCACCUUUUGAGAUGCCCACAGGGGCCCUGCUGACUACCCCCCAGUUUGAGAUGCUCCAGAAUCCUCUGGACCUGACAGGAACCCUUCGGGGUUCAGGCCGACGGGGUGGUCGGGCCAGGGGUGGACAGGGCCCUCGGCCUAACAUCUGUGGCAUCUGUGGGAAGAGCUUCGGCCGGGGCUCCACCCUCAUCCAGCACCAGCGAAUCCACACGGGCGAAAAGCCCUACAAAUGUGAGGUCUGCAGCAAGGCCUUCUCUCAGAGCUCUGACCUCAUCAAGCACCAGCGCACCCACACGGGGGAGCGGCCCUACAAGUGUCCCCGUUGUGGCAAGGCCUUCGCCGACAGCUCUUACCUGCUUCGCCACCAGCGCACUCACUCUGGUCAGAAGCCCUACAAGUGCCCGCACUGCGGCAAGGCCUUCGGAGACAGCUCCUACCUCCUGCGGCACCAGCGCACGCACAGCCACGAGCGGCCCUACAGCUGCCCCGAGUGUGGCAAAUGCUACAGCCAGAACUCAUCCCUGCGGAGUCACCAGAGGGUGCACACUGGGCAGAGGCCCUUCAGCUGUGGCAUCUGCGGCAAGAGCUUCUCCCAGCGCUCGGCACUAAUCCCCCAUGCCCGCAGCCAUGCCCGCGAGAAGCCUUUCAAGUGCCCCGAAUGCGGCAAGCGCUUUGGUCAGAGCUCUGUGCUGGCCAUCCACGCCCGCACCCACCUGCCAGGCCGCACCUACAGCUGCCCAGAUUGUGGGAAGACCUUCAAUCGCUCCUCCACGCUGAUUCAGCACCAGCGUUCGCACACGGGCGAGAGGCCCUACAGGUGUGCUGUGUGCGGCAAGGGCUUCUGCCGCUCCUCCACGCUGCUGCAGCACCACCGCGUCCACAGCGGGGAGCGGCCCUACAAGUGCGAUGACUGUGGGAAGGCCUUCUCCCAGAGCUCCGACCUUAUCCGCCACCAGCGAACCCAUGCCGCUGGCCGUCGCUGACCAGGGCUGUGGUGGGCAGAAGGGGAGGGGACGGAGCUAGAGAAACCUUUAGAAUAGUGGAAAGGCUGGAGGAGUUGAGGAUUCUAGGAGGAGAGGGGGCUAGGGAGGAGAAAGUUAUAUGCCCUGGAGAUUUAUGGGAAAUGGGUAAUGAAGAGGGGUUGGAGGUAGGCCAAACAGGCUGCAGGAGGCUCUGGAAGAAUUCAGAAAGAGGUCAACAGAGAGCUGGCCUCAGCAGCAGCAUGCUCCUUCGCAGACGCCUGCUUGGCAAAGCGCUAGAUGGGGGAGGGAGGGGAGGGUUACUUAAUUAGAGUGGGGUAGCUUAGUUCCGUAGCUACUGAGACCCUUGUUGAGUCAGGAAGGGGUGAGGGGAGGUGGGAUGGGGAGUAAAGCCCAGAGGGGGCCUGGGCCUCUGAGUGCAACCCCCAGUCUCCCUUGUCCUCAGGCUUUGGAGCCCCUGAAUUUGAGUUCAAUAAAAACCUCUCUGUGGUUAAAGA